CGCGUGCAUCGAUUGCGGCAAGACACCACACGAACCCAUCGCACACGUAUACGAUACCACGGAGACGCAUUUGCUUGCCGUCUAUCCACACUUCACCCUCCAAUCGCUCCCAGCACCUAUACUUUCGCGCCCUCGAUCGCACCUCCGACUGCCCAACAUGGCCACAAAAGCCGUAGCAAAGGCGGCCACCGCCGCGCCCCUGGUGCAGCAAUACAUCACCUCGCAAAAAGUUGGCGUCGUCGUGUCGGCAGGGAAGAUGUCUCGCGCAGUAAAAGUCCGCGUCGCAGGCCAGGAAUGGAACAAGCUGUUCCGCAAGCACUUCCCCGCGCACAAGCACUACACGGUGUCGGACCCGAACAACUCGCUCAUCGAAGGUGAUGUCGUUCGUAUCACGUCUGGGCAUCGCACGUCGUCAACCAUCCGACACGUUGUCACCGCCAUCGUGGCGCCGUUCGGCGCGCCCGUCGAGAACAGGCCGAGGGUUCUGAGCGCCGAGGAACUGGAUCAGUUGAGGACGCAAGAGCGCUUGCUGAAGGAUGUCAGGGCAGCGGAGAGGGGGAGGGCGGCGAGUGUGCAGAGGCUGGCGCUUGCGAAGAAACAGGGAGUCAGGAUUCCGACGCUGGAGGAGGCCGUGGAGAAGCUGCGCGUGCAUGGAGAGAUUGAGAAGACAAGAGCGGCGAGCACCUCAAAGGAGGCGCAUUCGGGGCAAGGAGGGCAGAGAGAGACGAAGCGAGAGAGGAGGAAGGCGGAGAAGGUCAAGAGCAGGGCCGAGAGGCAUGCCGCGGAGAGGGCCGAGGCCGCGAAGAAGCAGGUAGUAUGAGAGUGACAAGUGACGAUGUAGGAUAUCGUGUGUUUAUGCAGCAAAUCAGACAGCCGCUGUUGUACCAGAAGCCAGCAUUUGCGGGUGGUUUGUUAUAUUCCUUGUAUUCGUAUUCGUAUUAUCGUCUGGAGCAAUACAUGGAGCGGUCGUAGUAUACAAGGCUGAGGGUAUCGCAACGUCUCAUCAGUUUGCCGUCCCUAGAUGGCCAGAAACUCCAAAUCCUAUGCUUCAAGCGAGCAAUUCCGUGCCU